UUACAAAUAUAGAAUUUUUGUUUCCAACCUUUGUUUUCCUUUUCUUCUUUCUAUUCCAAUUAGUUUUUUAAGGGGUCAAUGAGACCAAUAAUUAUCUUUUACAUAUCAGCUAUAUAUUAUCCCUCUCAUAUUGUGCGGAGCCCACAGCCAUGUGGGACCCACAUGUUGUGAGAUACCUUCUCCAACAAGAGAAGUCUCCAAUCUCAAAAGAAAUCUUCCAAAGUAAUUGGAGACUAAUUCCAUGCCCCAAAUUAUAUUUACAAAUUUAAUAUCUUUUGCAAAGUUAAUCAUAAAGUCGGUGGCUUUUCCUAGUUUUGGACCUCCCUAUACAAAGAAACAGAGUUUUUUAGUGAGGUAGGUGUAGUGUAUAGUAAAGUUGAGGGCAUUGCCAUUAAUCAUGAAGCCAAGGAAAAAAAAUGACUAGAUGAUUUAGUGAGAGAAGGCAAUGCUGGCUAACGAUUUGACAGAUAAAUGUGGACCUAACUAUAGUAAUGUUCUGGAUGGAACAGAAUUAGUGUAAAUUGACAUCAAAGUAUUUGGACUCAGGCUGUAUACAGCUCAUAGCCCCCUUAUCUUUCACUGUCUAUUUGAUUUCACAUUAGAUGAUCCACCUUUCAUAGUAUGUGAAAUAAUACUUUGCCUCUACUAUGAGUCUAUAUCACAUUAUCACUAGUCAUUGUCGUUGUCUCUCAAUACUCAGCUGUGGUGCAAUACUUCUUGGAUAAGCUCAUUUGACUUUCACUACUUUGAUCCUUGAUCUUGUCGAGAAAUUUUCUUUGUUCUGUAUCCGUCAUCAAAAACCUCUCCAUUAGGCAUUGAUCUGUCUGAUCUUAUAUAAUCCUUAGAGAACUAUAUAUACCAAUGGUGAUUCUCUCUUGUAGGACUGCAAGGUUUCACAUCAGAUUUGAAGGGAUAUCUGAAUAGCAGAAUCUAGCUUGGAGGCUAAUUUACUUAAAGGCAUGGAGAAUUCAGAUGGUUCAUCAACCAUGAGAAACUUUGCAUUCAAAGGAAGACUGUUACCGCUGCCACCUAAUACCUUCGAUUGCAUUUUUCCAUCUGAUGAAAAUUGCAUUGCCAAUCCCACUGUUAGAUCAGAAGGUUAUCCAAAGCCUACGGGGGGAUGCCACCAACGUACAUCAUCCGAUAGCUUUCUAUUAGAGGAACAACCCGCUUGGCUUGACGAAUUGCUUAAUGAGCCAGAGAUACCUGUGAGCAGAGGUCAUCAGCGUUCAUCAAGUGACUCUAUUGCAUCCUUAAAUGGACCAGCUAAGUCCUUUAGAGAAGACAGAUACAAGUUCAAAAACAAUCCUGAAGCUGGACCUUCUAGGGGAUUUUCUAGUUUUGAUCAUCAUAAAGGUUUGUCACAGGCUUCCUUGCAUGCAAAUGCAAGCACUUCUCAUAUGCAUCAAAAUAAGGCACGGGAACCAUCCUCCACUUCUGUUACCUCCUCAAGCAGAUCUUUAUUUACAAGUGAUGGCAUUAGUCUUCAAACCUCAGGAUCAUCAUGCACUCCGCAAGAACCUGAUGGCAUGCCAUCUAAAGCCAUUGUAAAGAAAGAUGGAAAGGAUCCAGAACUCUCUUCAUUUAGAAGCGAUUGCAGCCAUUCUAAUCCAACUACAUCCAGGGCAGAUUUAAAGCGUGCUAAACAGCAAUUUGCCCAACGGUCCCGACUCAGGAAACUUCAAUAUAUAGCUGAAAUGGAAAGAAAUAUCCAAGUUUUGCAGGCAGAAGGAUAUGAAGUCUCAGCUGAGCUUGAAUUUCUUGACCAACAGAAUCUUAUAUUGGGCAUGGAAAACAUGGCCCUCAAGCAACGGUUGGAAAGUUUAUCUCAAGAGAGAUUCAUAAAACACUUGGAACAGGAUAUGCUACAAAAAGAAGUCUCAAGGCUUCAAAAUUUAUACCAACAGCAGCAGCAGCAGCAGCAGAUGCAUUCAAAACGUCAUCAAAUCAACAGUACAAAUCUUGAUUCCCACACCUCCAUAAUACCAAAGGAAGCUGGUUCCUGGGAAUGCAAUUAGCAGCUGACAAGACAAAAGAUAUCAUACAUAGAUGGACUAAUAUUCUCAUUAUCUAAUCUAUAUUCUCUUUCUUUUUUUAUGAAAUUUGGAAACUAGUAAGGCCUUAUUAUUAGAGCCUUUGUCACUUUUGUUGUUAUGUUAUAGGUAUAUGCCUUGUUGGUAAAUCCUGGGAAAAGCCAAUCUCUUGGAAUUGAGCUGGCCCGGAAAUACCAAAUGAGAUUGUAUUGGUUAUUCUCCAUAACAUGGCUUGCAUAGUAUGUUCUUUGUUUGUUUGUGACUUCCAUAUGUUGCCUCAAAGUGAAAGAGAUUUCAAUAAACUACAGAAUUUGGUUU